CCACAAUGCAGCUCUCCUUGCAUCCCGGAAGUCGGACGUUUAUUGACAAUAUGGCGGCUGAACUGGCUGUAGACUUGGACAAAAUUGGAAUUUGACAGCGCUCGCCGGGUGUACGCUGAUACACCAUUUCCACCUCAGGAGUGUACACACUAGAUAUAUUUGAAUGAAUGGACUUGGCAAACUGCGGGAUGGUGUCAGCGAGCUGAAGAAACGUUCAGACUAAACCCGUCAUGUCGUUUUUCAAGCGGAAAGCCAAAAGCAAAGAAGCCGAGAGAGUGACAGAUGCAAAAGUCAACAGAGGCCAAGUCAGCCCUCACUCGCCGUCACUGGCACUGAAGAACAACCAUGCCGUCCAGGAGGCCGCGGGGCCCAGCCAUGUGGCCAUCAACGUCAUCUCUGCCAACAUGGACUCCUUCGCUCGCGGCCGCACGGCCAUCCUCAAGAAGCAGCCCAGCCACAUGGAAGCUGCGCACUUUGGCGAUCUCGGUCAUUCCAGUGUGAAUUAUCAGCCAACCCAGGAGACCCGCUCUCGACUCUCCAAGACCGUGGACCAAGUGCUCCGGGACAACGUGGCCAUCCCCCAUUUCCUGCGCUUCAUGGAGCGGCAGGGCGCCGAGCACCUGGUUCGCUUCUGGCUGGAGGCGGAAAGUUUCCGGUCCAGCAGCUGGGCGCGGGUCCGAGCGCACAGCCUCAACUCCGUCAAACACAGCUCCCUGGCUGAGCCCGUGCCCGCCUCCGGAAGCGGAUCCGAGGUCACGGAGCUCCCACGACACAAUGACUUCGCCCCGGAACGGAACAGCCCCCCCGAGCAGCAGAACCCCUCCACCACAGAAGCAGGCCUGAGACCCGGCACCCCUUGUGCACAAACUCCAAGCGGGCAGGCUUCCUCCAGGGCUGGGACCCCCUCCAAAGUGCAGUCAAACAACACCCUGCGAGACCUCUCGGACAAACUCAUGAGAAGUAUAGAGAAGGAUGCGGUGACCAUCUUCACCAAGUACGUCUCUCCUGAUGCGGUCCGGCCCAUCCCCAUCACCGAGCAGACCCGAAACGAUAUCGUGGCUAAAAUUUGCGGGGAGGAUGGCAUGGUGGACCCAAACUGCUUCGUCAUCGCACAGUCGGUUGUCUUCACCAUCUUAGAGGAACAGUUCCUGAGUGAAUUCCUACGGAGUCACCAUUUCUGUAAAUACCAAAUUGAAGUGUUGACGAGCGGCUCGGUGUUCCUGGCGGACAUCUUGUUCUGUGAGUCGGCUCUCUUCUACUUCUCUGAGUACAUGGAAAAGGAGGAGGCGAUGAACGUGCUGCAGUUCUGGCUGGCGGCGGACAACUUCCAGAACCAGCUGGCGGCCAAGAGGGGCCAGUACGAUGGCCAGGAGGCCCAAAACGAUGCCAUGAUUCUUUACGACAAGUAUUUCUCACUCCAAGCAACAAACCCCCUGGGCUUUGGCGACUCGGUCCGCAUGGAGAUAGAGUCCAACAUCUGCCGAGAGGGGGGGCCACUCCCCGAAUGUUUUACCACUCCACUUCGACAGGCCUGGACCACCAUGGAGAAGGUCUACAUGCCGGGCUUCCUGUCGAGUAACCUUUACUACAAAUACCUGAGCGACCUCCUCAAUUCCGUGCGCGCCGACGAGUUUGUGAAUGUCAGCACGCCAGGGCAGGGCGGGCCGGCGGACAACGAGCGUUCAAGUUCAAACGCCAGCGAGUGCUCCCAGUCUCAGUCUGGUGCCAAAAAGGCGGCCAUAAAGAUCCUGAAAAACUUUGACGAGGCCAUAACGGUAGACGUCGCCAGCCUGGAUCCUGAAUCCUUGUACCAGAGACCGUAUGCUGGAAGAAUGACAUUCGGGAGGGUAAAUGAACUGGGUCAGUUCAUCCGAGAGGCGGAACCAGAGCCAGAUAUGAAGAAAUCCAAAGGCUCCAUGUUCUCCCAAGCCAUGAAGAAAUGGGUCCAGGGCAACUCCAACGAGGCUCAAGAGGAAAUGGCCUGGCAGAUCGCUAAGAUGAUCGUCAACGAUGUUGUUCAGCAGCCAAACCAAGACAGUCCCGGCAAGUCCACCAAGUUAUGACCCCACCCAGGACUUGACAGCACACGCGGUUCAGCCCACAAGCAAGCACCUACUCGCUCCAACUCCACAACACUACCGAGGUGUACGUGAGCUCGACUGAAGUGCUGGCAUCACGUGACCGCAAGUCGGCGGCCUUCAAGCCCGGCUCUUCUAGAGACCUUGCACACAGAAGGAGCAUGCCAGUCUAGACUAGACUCCCAUCUAGGACCUCCAGAGGAUGUCAGACUGAAUUAUCUCUCGUUUCAUCGCAAGACAUCUCUUCACACUUUUUUUUUUUUAAAAACAUUCCUUGUUUUUAAAAGAACUUCUCUCUUAAAAGAUAGCCGAAUCAACAGCGUGGGGGCGGGGCCGCUUCCUGGGGUUCCUUUGGCAACUGUUGACCAAUGGGAGGCUACCUUUAUCUGCAAACGUGACAAUGACAAAAGGGAGGCGCCGACGCCUCCUGUAUUAAACUUUGCACCUUCACUGAGCGAAGAAUAAAAACUCCCAAAUGACUUCAAACGCUCCACUUGUGAUGGAAAAAUCCAAGCUAUAAAUAUACCUAUACAGUACAUAUGUAUAAUGUAGACUCCCGCUUUAUCCCCUAUUAAAUGUUACUACUUUUUUUAAUGGUCUCUCUGUAUGCAUCUCAGAAAGAACUGGAACUGGAAGCGUUCUCAACUAAGUCACCUUUUUUCCUCUUUUGAGCUUUACUGAGGUGUGGAAAAGAGACAGAAAAGAAUCUUGGUACUAUGUACCUCUAAUGUUUUGCGAUAUGUAUGUGUACCUAAUCUAAGUAUAUUUAAAUUGUGUAUGAUUUAAAUACAUCCAAUAUAAAA